AUGGCGGCUGCAAGUGACAAGGCUCGUUACUUCCUUGAGCAGUGUGUACCGGAGUUGAAAGAGUUCGAGCGAAAGAAUGUCUUCAGUCCCGACGAAAUCAGCAGUAUUGUCCGCAAACGUUCCGACUUGGAGCACAAAAUUAACGCCAGAGGCUCCACACCAACGGACUAUGCUCGAUAUGCAGAAUUUGAAAUUAAUCUUGAUGCUUUGAGGCGCAAGAGGGCCAAGAGAUUGGGGAUCAAGUCGACGACUCAUAAUGGCAAGAGGCGCAUCUUUUUCGUUUUCGACCGUGGAACACGGAAACAUCCUGGAGAUGUCGGUCUAUGGAUGCAGGCAAUAGAAUUUGCCAGGAAACAGAAGGCUUACAAGAAGCUCCAAGAAAUGUUCACCAAUGUGCUCAGGCUACAUCCUACAAAGUCGGACCUCUGGAUUUACGCCGCGCAAUUUGCCAUGGAGGAGAAUGGUGACAUGACGGAAGCGAGAAGUUACAUGCGGCGAGGCCUCAGAUUUUGCAAAGGGUCUAGAGCCAUGUGGUUGGAAUAUGCAAGGCUGGAGAUGACCUAUAUUGCCAAGAUCCAUGCUCGUCGACAAAUACUGGGGAUAACGAAUAGCAAGCCAGACCAAGGAGAGAAGGCUGACGAGGACGAGAAUCUCAUGCGACUACCAAACUUGACUGCGACGGACAUCAGCCCGGACCUGGCAGGAAAUGGGGUCGACAGAUCAGCCUUGCAAAACUUGGAAUCAACAUCAGCAAUGAGCAGUGCUAUCCCCAUGGCAAUAUUUGACGCGGCCAUGGUUCAAUUCCGGGACCCAACUUUUGGAUUCGACUUCUUCAACAUGGUCUUGGAGUAUGACGAACUUUCAGCUUGUCGACAGAUUUUAAAACAUGUGGAAGCAAAGUUGAUGGAAGAUAAUCCACAGAGUUGGUGCAGCCAGGCUUGCCAUAUUCAACUACCACUUGUCUCAUUGGCGCCCUCUUCUCCGGCUUUUCCUCCGGCCUUCAGACAGGCACUAGUACACCUCAAAGAGGCACGCGUGAAGACAAAUGAUCCCGAGAUACUUUCAUGGGCAAGAAGCUGGUUGCGGAGACUGGUACAGAACCCAGAUUCGGACCCAGGAAUUCAGAAGGUGGGACAAUCAGUCUUGAGGUCAUUAGACAGUCCUUCGUCGGCAUAA